AUGGCUUACUACCUUAUACCGGAAGCGGGCAAGCGGAAAGUGGAUGUUUCAUCGAGGUCAUGUUCACACACGACAUGGGACUCUCUGUCUGCUGAUUCUUAUACCACUGCCGCUGUUAGCGCUCAUAGGCACAAGCCAUCUGAUUUAGGCCCACGGCACGACUUGACUUCUAUGAGCGGGUUGCCCAUGUGGAGGCCUUUCACCAGAACGUUCUAUACCCCAAAAAGCAUUGAUACGCAGGCAAACUCCCACUCGGAACCAGCAAAUGCUCAUGCACCUACAUACAGCUCAAAAAUACACCGUCUUUCUUCUGCACUCCCAUCAGCUUUGACUGAAUUAACGAAUAGCUCAGUACCGACUUCUUCAUUGUUCACCCAUGUAACAACCGAAGACGAAAGGCGACGCUUUCAGCUGGCCCAAGCUGCGGUUGCUCAAAAUAAGCGCGUUAAUUUACCCCAGCCAGUGAAGACCGUGGUCAAUGAUCAGGGCCCCAUGGUAUCAACCGAAUCGGAAGAGGUGCCAGUCAAUACUGUCGGCGGGGGCUCGAGCCAUGCGAGGAACAACUCCGAUCUCAAGCCUUUGUCCAAAAGCGGUGGCUUGAAGUCCUCCUGCCCCGCACUCUUCACAGAUGACACCAGCCGUUUUCUAGAAGCAAUUUCACCGAAGCCAGUCAAUCCGGUGCAUGUGACGUUUGCAGACCAUCCAUAUCCACCCCGUCUUCCAGCGAAAAGUGCGCCAAUUGUGCCCAAGUCAUCCUUCAUUAGGUUACGCCCUGAGUUGCGUGGUCAAUCAUCUGCUGUUGCACCUCCGCCUCCACCGUUGGUUCAGGCCUCUGCAGGCGGGAACAACAUUGUGACACAUUCGAAGGAGACGGAAUUGCUAGGGCGGCAGUAUGAGACGCACAGCACAAGCGAGUGCCCUCAUCCAGCUGCGAACCGGUCAUGCACCACUCAACUCUCACCUCAGCAAGUUCGACAGAAACUUCAGCAAACACUGCCCAAAGUGCCGGGAGCGAAGGGGAGGGGCACGAGCGACAGAGACCGUGGAACACUUCGUUUUUGA